UCAAACUAUUGAAAAAAUGAAAUUCCUUAAAGAAGGGUUGCUCUUUCUUUUCAUUGCAAUACAGAUAAAUACUUUCUGUUUAGCAGAAAACUUAAACGGCGAGGAUGAAACAAAGAACGAAGUACCAGAACUCAUGGAAUUUACUGCAUUUUUUUGGAAACAAUUAUACAAAUCCUCUGUUUCCAAUAUUCUGAAAUAUUAUGACCGGUUCGAUAUAAUAAAUGAGUUUAUGGAGCCAAACAUUAAACAUCUAUGUGUCGUUUUCGCAACAGAUAUGAAAGAUAGUAUAAAAUUAGCUGAAAUUUUGAGCAACAAUAAUAGACUGUUGCCUGAAAAAAAGCAAAACUAUUCCGAAGCUGACAAUUUAUUGUAUAAUGAGAUUGUGCAAAUUUAUUAUCUAUAUUAUAAUAAGGAGUUAUCAGCACACAUCUUUGUUUUUCCUUCAAACGUACGGAAUACAGUAUUAGAGACUUAUUUCGUAAGAAAGACUAUAGACUCGUCAGAAGAAUUAAAAUUUGUAAUGACAUGUUCGGAAGAAUGUAACAAACGCAACAUUUCUUCAGUGGCCUAUCUUACAGCAAUGGCUUCGAAUAUAGCUACCACGAAUUAUGCUCAAAUUGUGAAUAAUAUUGAGAAUCAAAUUAGUUUUUUGCCAUUAAGUUUUAAAGAUCUGAGCAAAUUUGAAGAUGCAUUAAAAGCAUUUCAAAAUUUAAAGAAAGAAAUGGAUAAUGGUGUUACUAUUAGAUCAAUUGUUGAAGUAGUCGUCAAAAUGUAUGAACAGCCUCAUCUUAUGAUCAAUUUAAAUAAAGAUCCUCAAGGAAUUCUUAAGCACCAUUAUGAUGAAAGCAAUCUUACUGCGCGCAAUUAUGUCAGUAGGGAGAGUAAUACAUUAAAAUAUUCCCAUCUUUUCGCGAAUGAAAAGGAAAAUUUAGAUUUUUUAAAAAAACCAUAUUCCCACAUAGAGCCUUUAUCAGUGGAUAUAACCCCCUUACGAGGUUUAUUAAAUUUUCCCGAUUGGCUGGGGAAAAUUAGUAACACGCCACAGCCAUACAAAGAUUCAAUGGACUCUGAAGAGGAAAGAUUUAUUAAAAAUGCUUGUAAUAAUAAAGGAAAUAAGAAACAACUUGAAAUCAUUAGGCAAGUUUGUUUAGUGUACUAUUUGCUUGACAUAGUCCCUUAUUCGAUAUUCAUUUAUUUUCAAAAUAUUACUAUUGAUUAUUAUUUGCGAGAGGAAAAAGACUUCUUUUCUAAAUUCUCAUUAAUGUAUAAAAAUAAAGUUAAUGGGAAUAAAAUAGAAAUUCCCAAUCAGCCACAGGAUAUGUACGAAAAAAUAAUUAAACUUAAUGAACCAAAGAAAGAUAUAAUGUUGGAGGCAUUUUUCGUUUUUAUCAAUUCUCUAAGUCCGGAAGCAGAACAUUUGUGUACGAAAAUAGACGAGGAAACCUAUAAAUUGCAAGUUAAAGGAAAAUUUUUAAUCCUUAGUCAAAUUAUGCGCAAGAAUUAUUGUUCUGGAAAAGUGAGAAUCCUAGAACUUUUAGCUCUUGACAAAAUUGUAAUUAAUGAAGAUUUAGUCACUAAUGAAAUAAAAUCAAUCAUUAUAAUGGCACCAAUUUGGGAUAUUGUUUGGAACAGAGUUAUACAUUUAGAUCGUAUAAAUGAUUUUGCAGGAUCAUUUUACGGAAUCGCUAAUACUAUCAUUAAUGAUAGAAAUUUGUCGAUUAAAACUACAUCUGGCACUACAAAUAGACAACCAAAAGAUGUACAUGCAUAUGAUAUAUUUUAUGAGACACCUUAUUUAUCGGGACAAAAUAUUCAUGGUCCAGGUAUUGAAGGCAAGGUCGAAAAAGGUGCAACUUCAGAACAGAUUCAAUUUUUCUCCUUAAAUGACACUGGUUUCAAUAUAAAUGUAACGGAAUUAUACUAUUAUUUUCUAAUUAAACAACCAAUAGUAAUAAAUGAAUUCACGCCAGCUUUAGUGAACUAUAGGAAAUAUGUUUUGGAGAAUACGAUAAAAACGAGUAAAACAAACUACGCGGAUUUGUAUGGAAAACUCAAUACAAACGUGCAUCUUAUAAAAAAUCUCAGCACGCCAGUCUUUAUUGAUGAGUUAUAUUAUUUGGAAGAAAAUAAUUCCCCCGGAUCAAAUGAAUCCAUUUUACACUCAUUGUAUCUGGGAUUGCAAGACGGACUCUAUUUGUAUGAAAAUGACCCACAAAGACUUGAGGGAACAGAUGAUUACAAAUUAUUUCUUUCUAAAUUGGGAAUAAUGAUAUCGACAAAGACAGAUCAAUUGUAUGGAAAUUAUCAUAAUUAUGCUGUUGUUAACAUUAAUGAAUACAUAGAACAUUGCAAAGAAUAUGGCAAACAAUUACGAAAUUUGGAAAUUAUCAAGACAUUCCGCGUAGUUAGCACUAAAUUUAAAAAAGAAUUUGACGAACAAAUCGAGGAAGCUUCAAAAUUAAUUAAAAGUAACCUCCAAGUUAUUGUAGAGAAAAAAUUCGACGAUUUGAAUAAGGAGAUUGAAAAAUUAGUAAAGGAAGUUAAAGACUUGAUUAAGAAGGGAGAACAAACACUUGAGAAAUUGAAAGAGAAAAAAAAAGAACUAGAACUUCAACUUUUUUUAAAGUCAAUAUUUACUAUUUUCAAAUUUAUUCUUUAUGGAUUAUCGUUCAUAAAUCCCGUUUGUGGGGCAGUUGGCGCAGUAAUAUCUGCAGGUUUAGAUAUCGGCGAAGCAAUAUGGUUAAACGCUGAUGCAGAAUCAGACUUCAAGGAAUUUAAAAUACCAGAUUCAGUAUCUACAGAUGUAAAAAGUUCUUUAACAAAAUAUAGUGAGGAAGCAAAGAAAGAAUAUGAAGAAGUUGAAAAGCAAUUAAAAGAGAUAAAUGCAGAGAAAGAGAAAUUAUCAGAAGAGGAAGCUAAGCCGCUGAAUGAUGUGGUAAAACUAGUAAAUCAAACAUGUACUUCAGACUUGUCAUUUUCAAAGAAAUGUAUGACGGAAAUUUUGGAAACAAAAGAAACUGAAUUGACGACAAAGAGUUUAAAGGAGAAGAAGAACUAUGAUAGAUCAUUGAAAGUUAUUAAAGGAGCGGAAGUUGCUCUAGACGUUGUUAAGUUAGGAGUAGACAGCUACAACAAAAUUAAGAAAGAUGUAUCUGCAAUAGAAAAAAUUGAUCAGGAAAUUGAUAAAGUGGGUAAAAAUAUCAAAAAAUUGCAAGAAUUCGAAAAGAAGAUUCACAAAACUUUAAAACCACAAAUAGAGUCAAUUCGAAAAGGAAUUCGUGAAACAACUAAAGGAUAUAAUAUAUCUUCAAGAGCACUUCUUGAAUAUAAAAAAUUCGAAAUGGGUGAAUAUUUAAAUAAAAUUUCGUCAGAGCUAGAUGGCUGGACUAAACAAUUCAAUGUCAGCAAAGAAAUUCAGGAUACAAUGGGACAAUUAAAAGCCGCAAUGAAUACAAUUAUUCAGAUGCACACUCUUAUUAAGGAGUUUGAUUUACAUAAAAGACAGGCAGACUAUUUGACAGAGGUUGCGAGUGUACCUUAUACAAACACAAAUGUAAAAGAUUUAAAAUUCAAAGAAAUUUUAGCUAGAUCAGAUGUGGCUCAUAUAGCAAAAAUUAUUAUUAACGAUUAUGACAAGUUAUCAAUUGCUAUGAAAGGUUACGCAUAUCCAUUUCUAAGAGAAUACUCAGACUUCUUCACUAGACCGAACAUAAUGUUCAAUAGUAAUUUCUUAAAAGCCAGCAACAUAGUUGAUAAAAUUACUCAAUUAAAUUUAAAAUUACAAGUUAGAAAAGGUCACGGUGAAAUAUUUAAACAAUGCAAAUAUGAUAAAUUUGGACUUCCUGGUGGUUAUUCUGCAUUUUAUACCUGGAAGAACAAUACUCAUUCGUCAUAUAUUAAAGACAUUCUCGAAGGAAAGAAAGUCGUGCUAUAUGCAAAUAUUUCGCAACAACCAAAUUUCAAUGCCAUAAAGUUUCAAAAUAUAGAUUUUUUGUUUUCUUCACCUGAUAAAGAAACAAAUGCCCAAUUACAGAAAGACUUUAAUGAUUUUCACGUUUUGUUUACUCAUCAUGGGGAUUCUCACUACAGAUGUACCGAUAAAAUACACGUAAUAAAAUCAGGUACUUAUGGCACAUUUUUUCAGUCCAUCACAUCAACAAGAAGUAAGCGUCAGGUUUCUAAUAGUAGAAAUGAUAAACAUAAUAUUGAUUAUGUUUUGAGUCCUUUUGCAACAUGGACAGUUCAACUUAAAGCUCUCCAGAAUGGGCAAAAUUUGACUUCUUUAGCUAAAUAUGUGAAUAAAGUUAAUCUAGAAUUGGUUGGAGAAGGUCAGUACUUGGUGGCAGAUGAAAAUGUUUGUAAAGAAUACAUUGAAUGAAUAAGUUCCAAUUAUGUUAAUUUCAAUAUAAAUGAAAUCUAGAUUGUUUUUAAAUUUUUGUUUAAAGUUGAAAAAAAAGAAAAAAUGGAAUUCAUAAAAGUGUGUUGUACACGGAGAGAAAUAGAUGGUAAGAAUUUAUGAUCUUAAGAUGGUACACUGAAAAAAAUUUGCUUCACAUUAAUGACUAUUAACCAUAGCAACUUUAAAUCUAGUCAAUUCAGUUAUGUAGCUUGGUUAAUAUUGUCAAAGUUGAUUUAGUAGUAUUGACCCCUUGUUUCCUAGUUAUAUUAACUAAGGUGUUUGGUUAAUAUAGCAUGUAUCUAUAGUCAAUUUUGCUAAAGUUUAAUUAGUCAAAGUGAUUCUAGCCAAUGUAACUAAGAUACCUGGUUAUUCUGAUAAGCUUCCCUCGUCAUUCCGACUAAUUGUCGAAAUCAACUUUGACCAGGAUUACCUGGUGGGUUCCUCUCGUAACCAGGCAAUUUAGUCAAUUCCUGGUAUACGGGGGUUAGGAAUUUUUUUCAGUGUAAAAAGUAGAUGUUAUCCAGCACUAUCAUUAUGCUACUUGGUACUAUCAAAGAUGUUACAAAAAGGAUAGUUAUGUUACCCACUACAAUCAAGACGUUACUUCGUACAAUCUGGAUUGUAACUGAUAGAAUCUAGAUUGCUGAUCCGUAUAUGUAAGAUCAAAUAUGGUACCUGGUACUAUCUAGUUAGUACCCCGUACCAUCUAUUUCUCUCCGUGUUCAAUAAUUUUAAGUUUACCUUAUGUUUUUAUAUUUAGUUGUUUUUGUAAGUUUUGUUUUUAUAAAUACUGUUUUAUUUUUAUAUUAGGGUGACCAAAAAAAGUGAAAAAACUAAUAAUGUUUUAUCUAAAUUCUACUAUAAUUUUCAGUGCCGCGAUGAUAUUACUCAAGUUGUACAGCUCAGAAAAGGUUUUUCGUAGUUUUCCUUUAACUCUGAUGUUUUGGAAAAUUUUGUAUAAUAAGCGUUGAA